GGGCUAGGGCAGAGAACCCGCACGCCCAGAAAGAACAAGGGUGGACCCUCAUACCGGGUGGGUCCUGCGAGAUGCAGGGUCCGGGGCAUCAGAUUCUUCUCAUUAGGACAGCGCUGGGCCUGGACGCUGCUGGAUGCCUCUUGGGAUUGCGGUGCAGGAGGGCGGCAGGCUAAUGGAGGGUUGCUUCUUUACUCAACACUGGGCUAGGGGCACAGACGAGAGAGAGACUUGCUAUUUCCAAACUGCAAACAGUCACACUAAGGCGGGGUGGAGUGAUGGAGUUAGCCAGAGCCCAGCUCUCGCACACAGUCCCUGAAUGCGUGCGUGCCCAGCAGUCUUUAGGAGGCCGGCCGGGUUAGGGCUGGAGACCAGGGUUGGGGGCUGGUGUCCUGAAGGCGCUGGAGUUGCUGGGAUGACUAGGGGGUCGCCAACCUCACCCGGCACGUCGCGAGCCCCAGGGGGACAAGGAAACUUUACCCCCACGCGGGACCGAGUGUGGCCUCCACCUACCCUCGGGGCCCAGUCCGCCCCCUCCUCCCGCCCGUUUCCUCCUCCCUCCCGUCCCUCCUUCUCCUCCCCUCUCGCCGGCGGCUGGAGGCAGCAGGUCCAGGCGGGGCCGCGCAGCGGAGCCCACAACCUCGAGCUCCCGCCCCGCCACCGCGCCCCGCGGGACGAGCUGCGGAGCCUGGCUUGGGGACGAGCAGCCGCGGCACGGGGCAUGAAGUUGGGCGCGCGCGGGUCUCAGAGCGAAGGCGCGGCACAGUCGGGAGCCGCCCGCGUCUAGAGCCCGCUCGGUGCGCCAUGAAGCUCUGGGGCCCCCGGGCGCCGCCACCGCGGCUGCUACUGCCGCUGCUGCUGCUGUUAGGGGUCGGCCUCUUGCCUGCUAACAGCCACAUAGAGACCCGGGCCCAUGCGGAGGAGCGGCUCCUGAAGAGACUCUUCUCUGGCUACAACAAGUGGUCUCGGCCGGUAGCCAACAUCUCAGAUGUGGUCCUCGUCCGUUUCGGCCUGUCUAUUGCCCAGCUCAUUGAUGUGGACGAGAAGAACCAGAUGAUGACGACGAAUGUGUGGGUGAAGCAGGAGUGGCAUGACUACAAGCUGCGCUGGGACCCUGUUGACUAUGAGAACGUUACCUCCAUCCGCAUCCCCUCUGAGCUCAUCUGGAGGCCUGACAUCGUCCUCUAUAACAACGCGGACGGGGACUUUGCAGUCACCCACCUGACCAAGGCUCACCUGUUCUAUGAUGGGCGGGUACAGUGGACACCCCCAGCCAUCUAUAAGAGCUCCUGCAGCAUUGACGUCACCUUCUUCCCCUUCGACCAGCAGAACUGUACCAUGAAGUUUGGGUCCUGGACCUAUGACAAGGCCAAGAUUGACUUGGUGAGCAUGCAUAGCCGCGUAGACCAGCUGGACUUCUGGGAAAGCGGGGAGUGGGUCAUCGUGGAUGCCGUGGGCACCUACAACACCCGGAAGUACGAAUGCUGUGCCGAGAUCUACCCUGACAUCACCUACGCCUUCAUCAUCCGCCGGCUGCCGCUGUUCUACACCAUCAACCUCAUCAUCCCCUGCCUGCUCAUUUCCUGCCUCACCGUGCUGGUCUUCUACCUGCCCUCUGAGUGCGGCGAGAAGGUCACGCUGUGCAUCUCGGUGCUGCUCUCACUCACCGUCUUCCUGCUGCUCAUCACGGAGAUCAUCCCGUCCACCUCGCUGGUCAUCCCGCUCAUCGGCGAGUACCUGCUCUUCACCAUGAUCUUCGUCACCCUCUCCAUUGUCAUCACCGUCUUCGUGCUCAAUGUACACCACCGCUCGCCCCGCACGCAUACCAUGCCUGCCUGGGUGCGCAGAGUCUUCCUGGACAUCGUGCCUCGCCUUCUCUUCAUGAAGCGCCCAUCUGUGGUCAAAGACAACUGCCGGAGACUUAUUGAGUCCAUGCACAAGAUGGCCAGCGCCCCUCGUUUCUGGCCAGAGCCUGAGGGUGAGCCUGGCAUCUUGGGUGACAUCCGAAACCAGGGCCUGUCCCCUGCCCCGUCAUUCUGCAACACUCUGAACACACCCGUUGAGACCCAGCCUAUGUGCAAGUCACCCUCCCACAAGGCCCCAGAUUUACAGACGUCAGAGGUUAAGAAGACCAGCCCCUGUCCAUCACCUGGCCCCUGCCACUCACCCAACAGCGCCAGGGUCCCGAUGUUCGUCAAAGCCAGGUCCCUGAGUGUCCAGAAUGUGCCCAGCUCUCAAGAAGCAGCAGAGGGUGGUGUCCGCUGCCGGUCUCGGAGUAUCCAGUACUGUGUUUCUCGAGAUGGAGCUGUCUCCCCGGCUGACAGCCAGCCAACUGGCUCCCCAGCCUCCCUGAAGGCCCAUCCAUCCCAGCUUCCGCUGCCAGACCAGACCUCUCCGUGCAAAUGCACAUGCAAGGAACCAUCUCCAGUGUCUCCAGUCACUGUUCUCAAGGCCCGAGGCACCAAAGCACCCCCCCAGCACCUACCCCUGUCACCAGCCCUGACACGGGCAGUCGAGGGUGUCCAGUACAUCGCAGACCACCUCAAGGCAGAAGACACAGAUUUCUCGGUAAAAGAAGACUGGAAGUACGUGGCCAUGGUCAUUGACCGAAUCUUCCUCUGGAUGUUCAUCAUCGUCUGCCUACUGGGCACUGUGGGCCUCUUCCUGCCCCCCUGGCUGGCUGGUAUGAUCUAGGGGCACAGCGGCAGAAAGGCAUGCUUGGCCCAGCCCCUCCGGUCUCUCUGUAGGGACCAUGCUACUUGUCGGUUACCCCCAUCUUCCAAACCUGCCAUGAAGCACCUACGAGAGAGAUGCUGCUUCUCAGGAGGUAGAAGCUGGCACUGGCUCUGGUCCAGCCAUGGGCCUGGUUGGAGCCAGCUGAGGGCUGGCACAGGGCAGAGUUACAUUCUGAGCCCCUGUUGAAAUUUCUCCAGAGCAGGUGACAGUCACCCCCCCUCACCCCGGCCAGCAGACAGCACACGAAUGAUCCAGUGUUGAUCUCAGUUGCCCUGUGGGGCCACAAGAAUUCAUCCCUCUUCAGAGCCCCUCAUCCUGGGGGUGGAGGGGGGGAAUUCAUCAGACCCAGGAAACUCCCACUGUGCCUCUGCCAGCCCCAUCCUCUCCCUACCCCAUGAAGUGCUCCCUUCAACCCUCCAGACUGGGCUGCUCUCCGACUCACAGGUGUCAGGGCUGAGUCCAGGCAGGUUGUGUUUUGUUUAGAUUGGGGGGGGUGUGGAUUGGUGAGAAGCAGAGCAGAACAAGAGAACUAACACAGGCCCUCACAGCAAGACUGAGGCCCCAUAGGAGCCCUGCAUCACAAGGGUUCUUUAGUGAGUUCUUCCUAGGGACCAGCAACCCCAGGAGGGCAAGAGCAUUGGGAGUGUCAGGGUUUUGUGUGUGUGUGUGGGGGUCAGACCGUGUUCAGGUCCUGGACUGUAGAUCCCCUCAUGGAUCUUUCUUAAUACCCCUGUAUGUUUUUGUCUCUCUGGGAUUAAGACUGAAGGUAGGACUUCUCACCCUAGUCCUGUGGUGAGGCCACAGUUCCAUCGAGCGCAUCUUGCACAAGAGACGUGGGACUCUCUGGGCCAGCAGGAGUGAUGGGAAGCCCCUUUGAUGCUGUGGAACUGCCAAGAGGGUUCUAAGCAAGCCAGGCUCUUCGACUUCUUGUCUUGAGGGCUAUGGACCAAGGGUUAUGGGUGCCUCAAGCAGUCUGCCUUCUACUUAGAUUGUGGGGAAGACCUGAGGGGCUCCUCUCUUCCCAAGAUAGCACCGGGCAACCUGAAGAAUCCCCAGUGAUGGGGUUGGGAGAAGCACCUGCUGUGCCCACCUCUUUGAGAUUCCACUGGGCGGAGGGCAGAACAUGGGAGACACCCAAGAAAUCCUCUUGUGUCGUGGUUGUCUCUCUGCUCUCCCCACCAGCCAAGUGGGUUUGGCAGAGCUGGGCCCUGCACCCUCAGCCGGCUUGAGCUAGGCCCUGAAGCUGUGGUCCCUGUUUCUGGAUAGCUCUGGGGAACGAAGGAAGGACUUAAUGAAGUCUGGAACGAACACACCAAGCUCCCAGUAGAUACAGCUGUCACCUCCAUGGCACAGCUUGCCCAUCCCAGCAGAAUGAUGUCAGGGCAGAGGUUUGCCAAAGGGCCAGCUGCUGUCUUUACCUGUAACUGCAGGCAAACCCGCCUUUAAACACAGAGCUGCUGGGCAUCCCAGGGUGCUGCUGGGGAAGGAACCCUGACCUGGAUGCCCCAGGACAUUCCUGUGCACAGGAAGGGCAUGCAGAGGCCUGGGUUCUGAACCAUGGAUUUUGUAGGCCUCCUCUAGAGCCCUCAGGGCAUCAAGGACCCCAUCUGCCAUGUUUGAAUCUGCACUCACUCCGCUGACUGACCGGGUCACUAGCUCCCAUCCUGGAGCCCUCAGGAUGCUGCACGAUAACCCCGGUGGGGAAAUUCGUCCUAGAACUUGGGAGCCAAGGGUAACAGGAGCCUCAGUGAGGAAGGCAGCAGAUACACCUGUCUGAUGUGAGUUCUGCCAUCACGAUGCAUACACGGUUCCAACCAGGGAUUUGCAGACAACAGUAGAGGUCAGGGCAAAGCCACAGUGGCCAACUGUACAGGGCUGCUGUGCUGUUCUCUUCUGGGUCAGAAAAAGCCACUGGCUGGAUGUUCCUGACAGGCCGUCCCCACCCGCACCCAGAAGCCAGACAAGGAAAAUAAAGUCACGGUGUUGUCCCCAUGCCCGCUCAGCUGUCCCUUUCUCUGCUUGCUUCCAUUGCUGCUCUGUGGUCAAGAUGAAGUUCAGUUAGGGCGGAAUGCUUGAUCCCGAGGCCUUUGGGCUUAGUGAGCUUUAAAAGUCAGACGUGGCCCCGGUCUCUCUGCCAUGUGGACAUCCUCUCCCCGAAGCUCCCGGCCCUCCUAUUAUGAUCAGAGUCCUGGAGACCAGUUGUGCUGAUGUCUGGCUUUUUUCCCCUGUGUGUUCAAGGCUCAUCUGCUGUGUGCACUAGACUCAUUGCUGUUGUGUGCUUGUUGGCUCUUGGUUGCUGUUUAUGCCUGAAUAAACCCAGUCGUGGUGUCUC